AUGGGUGAGAGAUUAUUCAAUUCAAUGUAUUUUUAUUUCACACGCUAUCUAUGAGUAUAUCUCAGGUUGAUGAAGCAGAAUGAUCUGCAGCAGUAGGUGUGAAAUUGAAUCUUUGUUCUCUGCAAGACUCUUUCUCCCUUCUGAUUCCUGCCCCUACUCUUUCCUGGUCUUCGCUUUGGACGUCACAACUAAAUUUUGAGGAAGCUUCUACACCCAAAGCUAAAUCCGAAGAAAUCAUUACUGGUUGGUCCAACGAAACUAAUUAUCCGUGCCAACAAACUCAGAGAUUAUUUUCAGCAUGGACAACAAUAAUUGGAGAUCCAUUCAAGGUGGGGAACCCAUGAUAGACAAUACAGAUUGGAGAACUCAGUUGCAACAUGAUUCAAGACAACGAAUUGUCAACAAGAUAAUGGAUACUUUGAAAAAGCAUCUCCCUUUCUCGGGUCAAGAUGGAUUGCUUGAACUAAAGAAAAUUGCUGAAAGAUUUGAGGAAAAGAUUUACAGUGCUGCAACGAGCCAGUCUGAUUAUUUACGGAAAAUUUCACUGAAGAUGCUGUCAAUGGAGAACAAGUCUCAGAACAAUAAUGCCCCCUUGCCACCCAACCCCACUAAUAGCAGACCCACAGAUCCAGGAUCUGCUGUCUUGCCGCCUCAAGUACACAAUCAAGGGCAAUCACUUGUAAUGCCAAUGUCGUCUAAUCAGGGUCAAAAUCGACAACAACUACUGUCUCAGAAUGUUCAGAAUUCUGCUGCUGUUCAGAGUUCUUCAAGCGUAUCAUCUACUAUUCUUCCUACCCCAAGCUUAAGUCAAAAUAUGACUGGUAAUUCACAGAACACAGCAGCAUAUGCUAAUGCUCACAGGCAAAUACAAGGACGGCAACAGGUCCCUCAACAACAGCAACAAUCCCAAAAUCAGCAGCAGUAUCUUUACCAGCAGCAGCAGCUUGUCAAGCCAAAGUUUCCCCAGGGAAAUGUCCCCCAAUCGAUCAUACAGUCUCACAUCCAACAGCAGCAACAGCAGCAGCAAAAUGUAUUACAAUCAACCCAGCUGCAAUCAUCUCAGCAAGCUGUUGCGCAGACAUCGUCUGCUAUGCAACCUCCCCUAAUGCAGUCAUCUGUCCCAAGUCUUCAGCAGAAUCAGUCGUCAUCUAUUCAACAGUCAUCCAAAGCCAUGCUCCAGUCACAUUCACAAUCUGUUCUUAGGCCACAAUCGCAUCCUCAACAGGCUGCUGUUACUCACCAACAGCAAACACAAGUGUCACAGCAGCAGCAGCAGCAGCAACAGCAGCUUAUAAGUCAACAGAAAAAUACCACAAACAUGCAACAAAGUCACUUAAUUGGACAACAGAACAAUGCUGGUGAUUUACAGCAGCAACAGAGGCUGCUUAGCCAGCAGAAUAAUCUCUCAAACCUGCAACAGCAACAGUUAAUGGCUCCGCAAAAUAACGUUUCAAGUUUGCAUCAACAGCAAUUAGGCCCCCAGAGUAACGGGUUACAACAGCAGCUGCAUGGAACUCAGACUGGUAACUCAAGCAUGCAAACUAAUCAGCACUCUGUGCUCAUGCGACAACAACAAUCUAAAGUUCCAAUACAGCAACAAUCACAACAUAGUGGAUCUAAUUUGCUUCCAACUCAGACACAACAACCACAACAGCAAAUUGCCUCACAGAUUCCGUCACAGCCACAGAUGCAGCAACAACUAGGUUUGCAACAACAGACAAAUCCACUACAACGUGAAAUGAGACUUCAACCAUCAGGUCAAAACGUGACUGAUCAGCAAAAGCAGUUAUAUCAGGCGCAGAGACCACUUCCAGACACAUCAUCAACAUCUGUGGAUUCAACUGCAACUGGACAUGCAACUGGAGUUGAUUGGCAAGAAGAGGUUUACCAGAAGAUCAAAACAAUGAAGGAACUAUACCUACCUGAACUUCUUGAAAUGUAUCACAAAAUUGCUGGCAAAUUACAGCAGCUUGAUUCUCUACCACAACAACCAAAGUCUGAGCAGCUAGAUAAGCUGAAAUUAUUUAAGACCACUUUGGAACGCACUAUUCAAUUUUUACAAGUUCCAAAAGUUAACAUUAUUCCUGGGUAUAAGGAGAAACUAAUUCACUAUGAGAAACAGAUAAUAAGUUUUAUUAAUACAAAUAGGCCAAGGAAGCCUGUCUCUCAGUUGCAACAAGGGCACCCCUCAUCUCAUAUGCACUCCAUGCAGCAGCCACAAUCUCAAAUUAAUCAAGUCCAAUCUCAUGAAAAUCAAAUAAAUCCUCAAUUGCAAUCGAAGAAUGUGCAGAGCUCUGUGGGACCAAUGCAACAAAACAGUAUGACAAGCUUCCAACAAAAUUCUAUGCCUGCUUUGUCUGCAGUUUCAACAACACAGCAAAAUGUAAUGAACACAUUGCAAUCCAGUUCCAAUGUGGAUUCAGGACAAGGAAAUGCACUAAACUCAUUGCAGCAAACUCCUGUGAAUGCUCACCAACAGGCAAACGUUAAUGCCUUGUCAUCACAGAAUGGGAUCAAUAGCCUUCAGUCAAAUUCUAAUAUGGUUCAGCAUCAACAUAUGAAGCAACAGCAGGAACAACAGAUGAUGCAGUCCCAACAGAUGAAACAACAGUAUCAGCAGCGACAGAUGCAACAGCAGAUGUUGCAGCAGCAGAAGCAACAAAUAUUACAGCAAAAACAGCAACAGCAGCAGCAGCAACAGCAACAGCAACAGCAACAACAACAACAAAUACAGCAGCAAGCAAAACAGCAACUUCCUGCCCAGUUGCAACCACCCCAAAAUCAAAUGCUGCAUCAUCAAAUCAAUGAUGUAAAUGAUUUGAAGGCAAGACAAAAUAUGGCCGCAAAGUCGGGGGUCUUUCAACAACAUCUUCCAGCUGGUCAACGUAAUGCGUAUUCCCAUCAACAACUUAAAUCUAACUCUCCCUUUUCUAUUUCUUCAAAUCAGCUCCUUCAGGCCUCAUCACCUUUGCAACAUUCUUCUCCACAAGUUGACCAGCAGAACCUGCUGCCAUCUCUUACCAAAAUUGGAACUCCAUUACAGUCCGUUAGCUCACCUUUUGUUCCAUCUCCACCAACUCCUUUGGCUCCAUCCCCAAUGCCCAGUGAUUCUGAUAAACCCCAUCACGGUGCUUCCUCACUUACAAAUGCUGGAAACGUUGGCCAACAACAAACAAGUGUUGUUGCUCCAGCUCAAUCCCUUGCCAUUGGCACCCCAGGAAUAUCAGCUUCCCCUUUGCUUGCAGAGUUUAGUGGUCCUGAUGGCACUCAUGGAAACACUUUGGUAUCUGUUUCUGGCAAGUCAAGCGUUACAGAACAGCCACUUGAUCGUUUAAUGAAAGCGGUAAAAGCCAUGUCGCCUAAGGCAUUGAAUGCUUCUGUCAGGGACAUUGGCUCUGUUGUCAGCAUGGUUGAUAGGUUUGCAGGAUCAGCUCCUGGUAAUGGAUCUAGAGCUGCAGUUGGCGAGGAUUUAGUUGCUAUGACAAACUGUCGCUUACAAGUAAGAACUUUCAUGAGCCACGACGGAACAAAUGGGACAAGGAAAAUGAAACGCUACACAAGUGCCAUGCCCUUAAAUGUUGUGUCAUCAGCUAGUAGUAUUAAUGAUUCAGAAAUAUCUGAACUUGAGUCAACUGCAACAUCUGGUAUCAAGAGGUCUAAGUUAGAGGCUAUUCAUGCUCUUAAAGAAGAAAUUAGAGAAAUAAAUCUGCGUCUUAUUGACACUGUUAUUGAUAUUAGUGAGGAGUCAAGUGCUGUAGCAGCUGCUGCUAAAGGAGGUGAAGGGACCAUUGUCAAGUGCUCUUUCAGUGCUGUGGCACUCAGUCCGAACAUGAAAUUACAAUAUGCUUCAGCACAGAUGUCUCCAAUACAGCCUUUAAGGUUGCUUGUUCCCACAAAUUAUCCUAACUGCUCUCCUAUACUGUUGGACGUAUUUCCGGUGGAAGCCAGCAAGGAAUAUGAAGAUCUCUCCGUCAAAACAAAAUCGAGAUUUAGUAUAUCAUUGAGGACCCUUUCACAACCCAUGUCUCUUGGAGCAAUGGUGAGGACGUGGGAUGUUUGUGCUCGUGCCGUCAUUUCCGAGCAUGCACAGAGAAGUGGUGGUGGCAGCUUCAGUUCCAAGUAUGGGACUUGGGAGACCUGCUUGAGUGCAACUUGAUCAUUUGCUUAUCUAAAGGAAAAGGUCGUUGAUGCCAAGGGUAAAUGGCUCUAAUAGUUGUUAUGUAUACUUGUCUAAUUUUUUUCUUUUGUAUAUUCUCACUUGGUAAGCUUUGUGUAAGCUUUGUACAUGUUUGCCAUUAGAAUUCUUUUAUAAGACCUCAUGAAAUUUUGUGUAA